ACCUCCGGAGGUGGCGGCCCCACGCGGCCCAACAAGCUGCCGUUGUCCCGCGGGCCCCGGGCCCGGCACACUGGGGCUUUGUCCAGCCCCCCGCCGCGACCCACGGUGGGGGGGGCCCCACAUGACCGAGGGGGUAGGAGGAGCCUGCGGCGGCGGCGGCGGUGGCGGCGGCGGCGGCGGCGGCGGCGGCUCCACCACCAUUUCCCUCCCUGGCCGGGGGUCGGCGGGCGGUGGUGGCGGCGGCGGCGGCGGCGGCAGCGGCGGCCGGGCAGGGGCCCCCGUUCCCCGCCAGGCUGCAGGCGCCCGGCCUGGGCCAGCAGGGCAGCUGCGACCCAAGCGCUCUCCGAGCGGCGAGCUGGGGGUACUUCCUGGACUCUACCUCGGAAACUUCAUUGAUGCCAAAGACCCGGACCAGCUGGGCCGGAACAAGAUCACACACAUCAUCUCUAUCCACGAGUCACCCCAGCCUCUGCUGCAGGACAUAACCUACCUUCGCAUCCCUGUGGCGGACACCCCUGAGGUACCCAUCAAAAAGCACUUCAAAGAAUGUAUCAACUUCAUCCACUGUUGCCGCCUCAAUGGGGGGAACUGCCUUGUGCACUGCUUUGCAGGCAUCUCCCGCAGCACCACCAUCGUGACGGCCUAUGUGAUGACUGUGACGGGGCUAGGCUGGCGGGACGUGCUUGAAGCCAUCAAGGCCACCCGGCCUAUCGCCAACCCCAACCCAGGCUUUAGGCAGCAGCUCGAAGAGUUUGGCUGGGGCAGUUCCCGGAAGCUCCGGCGGCAGCUGGAGGAGCGCUUCGGAGAGAGCCCUUUCCGCGACGAGGAGGAGGUGCGCGCGCUGCUGCCGCUGUGCGGGCGCUGCCGCCAGGGCCCUGCGCCGGCGCCCGCGGCCCCCGCGCCGCACUCGGCAGCCUCCGAGGGAACCCUGCAGCGCCUGGUGCCGCGGCCGCCCCGGGAGGCCCACCGGCCGCUGCCCCUGCUGGCGCGCGUCAAGCAGACUUUCUCUUGCCUCCCGCGGUGUCUGUCCCGGAAAGGCGGCAAGUGAGGAUCCCGACCCGCCGUGGCGCCCCUCUUCCUAACGACCGGUCCCCUUCGGGGCUGUCUGGGCCUCCCUCGGCCUCCUGGACGG